UUGCCCCAGGCUCCUGUCCCCUCAGCCCCUCUCUGCCACCGGGCGCUCCCCGCAGCCGGCCCCGCCGGCGGGGGCCGGGCGCGGUGCGGCCCCGGGGCGGAGCGCGGGCGGUGCCCGCAGCCCCGGAGCGGUGCGGCGGCGGCGGCGGUACCCAUGGCCCUGCCGGCGGAGGCGGACCGGCUGGAUGGGGGCUGGCAGGAGGUCUACUCCGCGCUCCAGUGGAUCCAGUUCACCAUGGCCAUGCUCAGCGUUGUAGGUUCCAGCUCAAUUAUUGCCUACGCCGUCUUCCAAAACGCAGUGCGGUCCCCCGAGGUGCGUCCACUUUUCUACCUGAGCCUCUCAGAUCUGCUGCUGGGCAUGUGCUGGCUGGCUGGGGCCCUGCUCUACAGCUCACCCACCUCCCAGCAGGACCUCAUCUGCUACAACCUGCAGGCCACGGGACAGAUAUUCUACGUGGCCUCUUUUCUCUACACUGUCAACUACACCUGGCACCUGUACAUGGACCUCAAGGUGAAAUACAACCAGAACCUGUUCAGGGUGCCCCCCCAGGUUGUAGAUUAUGCAAGUUGUGUUGGCCGAAUAGCAACGAUCUUGUCAAGCCUGAUCCCUUUCCUCCUCAUGGUGCCGGUGUUCUGCCUGGGCAACAGCAGUAAUUGCUACCAGAACUUCAGCCAGAAGCACGGGUGUCUCCUGAUGCACACGGAGGUGGCCGAGCCCCCCAGCGCUCCGCAGGGCCUGAGCGGCUCCGUUUGCCGCGCCGUGCAUUUCUACGGCAUCGGCGUCUUCCUCGUCUCCUUCCUCAUCAGCUUCGUGGCCAUCCUGGUUAUCCUGGGUCAGGCCCGAGGGCUCUACAAGAGGUUUGUGAACUCCACAGGGUUCCUGGGGGAUCAGCAGUGGGCCAUGAUUAAGAUGGUGGAACAAAGGGUGGUUUUUUACCCCAUUGCCUUCUUCUGCUGCUGGGCCCCAGCUGUGCUCCUUGGGGUGCUGAAACUGACUGCUUCAACAACCAGCAAAAUCUACAUGGCUCUGCUGAUCCUGCAGGCUCUCACCGCAGCCUCCCAGGGGCUGCUGAACUGCCUGGUGUAUGGCUGGACCCAGCACGCCUUCCUGUCGCUGAAGCGCGGCUCCCGCCGCGAUGUGGACACGCAGACCCCGCUGCUGCGCUCGCAGAAGAAAUUCUACUCCAGCACAGCCCCCUCGGGCCCGCCCGACCCUGCGGGCUCCUCCUCCACCCUGCUCUGAUGCUGCCCGGACAGAGGCAGAGUCCUCCCAGCUCCUCCUUCCCAGCCCCUCGUUCUGCAGGGCCGUGGAUGUUGGAUGGAGCUGUCCCCAGGCGCUCAGCGGACAUAGUUAUUUAUUUAAUGGAUUCUUCCUGCCUGGUAAAUCUUUAGUCCAGACUUUCUCCUCCUGGGAAUAUCCCUAGAAAUGCAGCAAACCCCAUGUAAAGGCUCAGAGACCUGGUGCAGCUCCAUGGAGGUUGGAGCUCCUAAGGAGUUUUUUUUUUACUUUGUUUUAUUUCUCCUUUACAAAUUAACAAAAAAGCCUAAUGAGUAUUUUUCAAUCUCUGCCUUUUAAUUCGCUCUGUGAGAAUUUGCACCACCCUAAGAAGCAAUUGCAGGGAGUGAAGAAUUGCAAAGGACAGAAUCUGCCUGGAAUUUCUGCACAUUUCCCUUUCCUUCUCCCUGCCAAGUCCUGCCCAGCCACAAUAACUCCCCAAAAUCAGCUGCUUCGACCCUGUGGAGCAUCUCAUGAACCAGGUGAGCAGGACUUUGUCUGAGUCUCUUUUUGCAUUUCCAGAUGUUCACAAGAAUUAUUUACUGAGGUCCCACCAUUCUGUAGGAAAUAAACCAGGUCUUCAGCUGUGUUAAAAACAACUCUUUACCUUUACACUCUUUAUUUUCCAACAGCUUCACUUUUUGGGUCCAACCCAAAUUUUUCUCAUAGCAGGUUAGACAAGAAGAGGAAAUACUCCAGCUUUGUGUAAUUAACUUACACAACUGUGUAAACUCUGGGUAAGUCACACAAGGGUUUGGUCAAUGACUUAUUUUCUCCUACAGAGUGAGACUGAGUGCAACAAUUCAAUUUUGCUGUUCUAAAGGAUAAAACAAAGUUUUCAGUUUUCAUCUUCUUCCCCCUGGUCCUUCAAAUCCUCCUCUAGUCCCAAAGUUUGGAUAUGGGUGACUCUGUGUUUCCCCAGCCCCACUUCAAAGGCAGAUAUUCCACAGGCAGGGUGGGAUUUGUGCCCUGGCACAAUGAAACAAACCCAGCCUCACCCCUGAGAGCCUCCUGGGCCUGACCCCGUUUGUGCAGCCAGUGCAAUUUGUGUAAAAGGGGAUUAAAGCUUCCAGAGUGAUGGAAGAUUACCCAGGAGCAAUGAUUGGAUUGCUAACGGAGCAUCAGGGCUGGCAGUGGGUGCUGACCCAGUCCCAGGGCUCCUCAGAAUGCACAAAUCACUCAGGGUUUGUUUGAGGGGAGUUUUCUUGCUGGCUUGGCUGCUCCAAGUGCUCCCAGGGAAUAAAUUGUCCCCUCAGUCCCUUUGCCAGGCUGGAGGCUCUGAGGGUCACUCAGCCCCCAGCCCACUCUGAACUCCCCCCAGGCACCAAGCAGGGGGAAAUUCUCUCACAAGGAAGGAGCCUGAGCCCAGCUCGUGUCCUGCAAUGCUCCUGGCUGUGUCUGGUUCCUGUCACCUCCAGGGUAACAAAAACAUGGCCCAGGUGCCACCCUGAGGCUCUUUCCUUAAAAACAGACAGAGGAGGGAAGCACUGCCUGUCCCUGGAGCAGCUCAGGGCCAGCAGCAGCACAGCAGAUCCAUUUCUGAGCACCCAGUGUCCCCCAGUCCCAGCAGGGCUCCCACCUCAAGUGUCCCCAAGACAGAAGGACUCAUCCCUCCCUUCCCUGGGUGCCCAGGGGUUAACUGGGAGCACUGGGCAGGUGCUGCUGCCAUCUGAUGCAAAGCUGGGCUAAAAAAAAAAGGCAAUUUUGGGUUAUGGUGCCAAGCAGAGCCCAGGAUUUCCCCCCUCAAAUCCUCA